AUGCGUAAAAGGCAUAUGAUUUUCAAACAAAAAACAUGUCCCACUGGAUCACAUUUAAAUGGCGCCAAGAGCGUGCCACUGGGCGAAGUUGCCAGCGAUGAUGGAUUGAAGCCUAAGGAAGUAAUUCUGCAAGCGCUGAAAAACGUUGGGUAUGAUCCGAGCCUUCCAAUAGUAACAGCAUGUAAUGGAGGUGUUCAAGCGUCAUUGCUUGCAUUAGCCCUUAAGCAUGCAGGAAAGCAAGCACGAGUAUAUAAUGGCAGCAUGUUAGAAAUAGGUGGACGUGCUCCAGAGCUGAUUAGUGCCAAAUAA